AUGUACAAUUCACCGCAUUUGAAUGAGAAAGGUGGUGCUCUUCCGAUUUCGAACAGUCAUAAGCCUGCCAAAUGUGUGUCUCCAAUAGAUUCUCGGCGUGUUCCUUUAACGACGGCACAAUUAUCAUUGCUUGUAUUAGUGAUUCAAAACUCGACACUGGUAUUAAUGAUGCGGCGCUCACGUGUACAUAAAUCACCCGAACAAGUGUACAUAGCAUCGACAGCGGUGUUCCUCGCGGAGAUAUUGAAAAUCAUAGCUUGCUUGAUAGUGCUUUACAUUCAAAAGCGGACAUUGAAACGAUUCAUUAAUGUUAUUCAAAAAGAAAUCUUUGGACAACCAACCGAAAUAAUAAAAAUGAUCAUCCCAUCUGCACUUUAUGCGUUGCAAAAUAAUCUUCUCUACGUCGCGUUGUCAAAUUUGGAGGCAGCCACUUUUCAAGUCACAUAUCAGAUGAAAAUAUUAUCGACGGCUAUUUUUUCUAUUCUAUUGCUGGGAAGAUCACUAAGUCGCGGUAAAUGGUUGGCUCUGGUGUUACUCAUGAUUGGGGUUACACUUGUGCAACUGCAGACGGUCAAUCAUCAUGUUAUAAGCGACGAGAAGGAGCCAACAUCCGCCACCUCUACCUCUAAAACAUCCACCACUGCCACGCAUAUAUUGAUGGCAGCACAAAAUCCCUUAAUCGGGUUGAUCGCAGUUCUCACUUCUUGUGUUUCAUCAGGAUUUGCGGGCUGUUAUUUCGAAAAAAUCUUAAAGAGUUCUGAGACGAGUAUGUGGGUCAGAAAUAUUCAAUUGGGAGUUUCGGGCUCGACGUUUUCCAUGCUUGCAAUGAUACUUUAUGAUGGUCAAGAAAUCUUGAAUGAUGGAUUUUUUCAAGGGUAUAAUUCAUUGACAUUCGCAGUCGUUGCAAAUCAAGCAUUGGGAGGUUUAUUGGUUGCGAUGGUGGUUAAAUAUGCUGAUAAUAUAUUAAAAGGAUUUGCCACCUCUCUGUCAAUUAUCGUAUCAGGAGUGAUUAGUUUUUAUUUUUUCCAUUUUCAACCAAGUUCACAAUUCGCGAUUGGUGCGCUUAUUGUAAUGAUUUCAACUUAUUUGUACAGUUGUUCUGAUAGAUCAUGUAAUAAUUCCAAAAUUGCACCCCAUUAA